AUGCUCACCCAGAGACGAGAGAUAAAGCUAAAGGAACACAGGCAGUCGCUGGUGGAGGACAAAAGCAGCUUGACGAAUUACUUGGCAGCUGCUCCCAGGGAAAAUCCAUCCACGAUGCUGUGUCUGCCCCCCGUACACUGUCAUCACCUGCUCCUGUUGCUCCUGGUCCUGCCCCUCAUCCUGGCCAGCCCCGUUUCGAGUCCGGAAAUAACCAGCAAGGGGAUCAAGUCACCCAACAGUGUGCAACAGCAACAAGUGCAGCAACAACAGCAGCAGCAACAAGAGGCACAUCUCAACUCUCUAAGUGCCUAUGCCAGUGGCUAUGACAUGACUGCUCAGAAUCAACUCCAGGAUCCUAGUGGAUCCUUCAAACCCUCAUACAAAAUGCCCGAAAUGGAGACCAAUUUUACGCCCAUGCAAACAGCAGGAACACCAAGUGUGGCCAGUCUUCCUUCCACACCAAUGUUGAUGCAAUAUCUUCCCGCUCAAACGCUCCAAGAUGGCACUGGCAAUGGCGUUCAAUAUUUGCAAUUAAUACCCACCAGACCCAUUAUUGUACCCAUAUCGCCAUAUCUCUCAGCUGCUGCGGCUGCAGCUGCCACUCAAACGGGUGUUGCAAAUCCAAGUCUUUCCGCUGGGGGACAACCUGAUUUUGGUGGACGAACAGCUGCCGUAUUGAGUGCCUUGCCACCAAAUUAUGGCGCCCUUCAGGGUUAUGCCACAGCUCUGAAUCCCACCCUAAGUCCUGCUUUUAGGAGUAACUAUCGGAUCAAUCGUGAGGCCAAGGAUAAGCAUUUUCCACCAGCUUUUUCACUGAAUCUCAAUGAAUAUCUGCCAGGCAGCUCAAUGGGUUUGGGCCACGACACCAUGGCCAAUGGACCGCAUUUGUAUCUAAGAGCCAGGUCCUAG